AUGGAGAAAGAGAAAAAGCUGAAAAAGCAGAUGGAAACUACAAUAUGGACAUGCCUUGGUAUUAUCAUAUUAAAGAACGUUGUGGUAUACGAAACUGAAAACGACAGUAGUUGUAGGGAUAAAUCCUCAGAUGAUGAAGAUUGUCAGAAUUACAAAAAUCAUGAUAUAACAGUGAAUAACCUUAAUGAUAUAAAGAGUAGAUAUCAGGAAUGUCUGUCAAAAAUUAAUGAGCUCUAUCUUACACUUGCUGAAUCCCAAAGCAAGGAACUCAAGAAUUACACCCCUUCAACGCCGGAAUUUCUGGGCAAAGCAAAUGAUGUAUCAAGAUCAAUAAAUUUUGAACUUUCACCAUAUAUCACCGUGAUUAUAGAAGCUCUCUGGGAUUCCCAUGAAAAUGACGAUGAUGACGACUACCUAGCUGAGGCUGAAGAAGAUCCUGAAAACAAAAAAGACUCCGACAAUACUGAAGCAUGCCGCAACCAAGAACUAUAUAACGAUGACGAUACCACCAUCACAACAAGGACAAUGAUAGAAAAGAGAAAGAAAGUUUCUGCCGCCAAACCAACCAACCUGUCCUUUACGAAGCCACAUCAAGACCUACAGAAAGAAGACUUUGACGAACCUACGAUCCUCGCUGAUCAUCUGUUUACUAAAAAAGAAAAGAGAGACAUGGUUAGCAUAUACUUCGACAUCGUCAAAAAUCUUACUAGCAUAUAUGCUCUGAUCUUGCCCCAUCGAGAUUAA